AUGAAGAUGAUCGGAACCGUGAUUGACUUAAUGGAUUGCCGUCAUCAAACGUCCUUACUGAUUUGCGUCAUCCUCGUCAUCGUGUUUCCGAUUCUGGCCGCGACCGAUGCCGAUAAACGCGAAUAUGGGAACACGUACGAGAGGAAAGCCGAGGGCGAACAUGCAAUUUCGAAAAAUACGAAGCAAUUGAAGCACAGCGACGAUAACGGGGACUCGACGGUGAAACACACAGAAGAUCAUGGACGAGUUAACAAUGAAAAUGGCUCGCCGUUGAACACCUUUCUGGAAGACGUUCUUAAAGCGCAGGAUGACUUGAAAUGGAUAGAUCAAGUUGUACACAGCACUGAUCGCCGGAAACAUGGGGACUCGUUCACUGGAUCGAACAAGUAUCCGGCAAUGCCAAAUUUCGAUGUAACUUCUUCGCACGGAGGUAAGAAAGUGCGCGACAAAAGAAGUUUUCUAUGGAAGACAAACAGAAAGAAAUCGCGCGAUCAAGAUCCUUCUGGAUCUCCUCAGAGAGUGUAUCUCGACAGUGACAUGCCUUUUGAAAAGAGUCCGGAUUCCGAUUAUGAGGAUACGUCUCAAAAUGGAAUAAAUGGAAAAGAGACUCUUGAAUACAAAUCAAGCAAACCUCUGAACGAAAAAGAUAUGACAGGCGAUCAAUUGCCAAAAGACUGGUCCAAUACGAAGGACAUCUGUUCCUUGAACGAUUGGUUAAAUUCAAACAAGAAUUUUAAAACGGAGCAGGAUAAACGAGACUACGAAUCCGAUCAGGGAAAUUCCCUUAGUCCAUUAAAAACGGAUUCGCGAUUCAACGUGAGAAACCAACGGGACGAGACGAAGAAGGAGGAAUCGCCAUCUUUGGAGUCGCUUAAAGAGACGAUACUGGAAUUAAAGAAAAGUUUAAACGAGGAUGGCAAGAAGGGGCGCCAAGCGAAAGUAAAGGAGAAAGAAGAUGCGAAAGAACGAAAUACCCGAGGCAAGAAUCAACACAGGAAACACGAAAAGAAUACAGAUUCCAGCGGGUCGGACACUUCGGAACCAGAAGCGUCCGAUGUAAAAAAGCGUGAACAGGAUGCUGAUGACGUUAAUGACAAGAAAGCAGAUCGAAAAUCGUGGAGAAGAAAAAGAACCGAGGAUAAUAACGAGGAUGAUAGCCCGAAACUCUUCCACCGCGCGGGGUUUGGGGAGUCGUACCUUGAAGAGGUGGCUCUAAAAGAGCUUCAUGACCGUAAAAGACGCAGCAAAGGAAUCCUGUCGGACGAGAAACAUUGUUUGGACGGGUCUUGUGAUAAAAACAGCUUACAAACAGACGAGAAAGAUCCGGUGAAAAUACCAAAGCAAACCGAUUGCAAUGACCUGGAUGAUUCCAACAAAAAGGAAUCCAAUGAUUUGCAGCCGAACGAUGCUUUCCAGCAAAAUAGUAAACCAAUAAAUAAUUUCGAAGAUACCUCGAAUCUCCUUCAGAACAGCAGAAACAUGGAUGUAAUUGGAAAUUAUGAUCAUGGUAAUCAGAUGGAAAACAAAUUGAUGAAGGAUGAGGCAAAAGGAGAUUCUUUGGAUAUUUUCGGAUCUAUGUCGAACGAAUUGCACCCUGCUACCGGCAGGACUUUAACUCUGAGCACAGAUGACAGUGAUAAAGUUGAAGAAGCCAGAAUGCAGCAACUGAAAGUUUUCCAACCUGAAGACAACGAUCGAGCAAAACCUUUUCAGCAAUUACCGCAGGAGAAGAGGUCUCCAAAGGACUCUGACAACGUUAAUAUCCUUGUCAAAUCGGAGAAUAAAAAUUUAAUUAAAUUUAGCAACACUGGUGGCAAUGAAAAUUCAGGGUUCAAAGGUGAACAGCCAUACAUGCUGAACACAUUCGAUAUGAAGAAGAAAGUGUUCGUGGAAAAUGAGGACAAACAUGGAAAAUCAGUGGCCACGGUGUUUAACGUGAAAAUCGAGAAGGCACAGGUUGAUUCACCUAUGAAGAGUAAUAAUAAUCGAGAAGGAGUGGGAGGAGAAGAGCAAAUUCCAUUUGCUUCGCCUAAUUUGGGGAAGGAUAAAGCUAAUGAACUUUAUGAAAACAAGCAUGACUUAACGAAUGAUAUUAAUGAUAUUAAUCAAAGGAACAUUGAUGAAAAAGGAAUAAAUUUUGUGGAGAUUAAUAAAGGAUCAACAGAGAGCAGCGAGAAGGAAGGAACUCAAAACUGGUAUAAGAAUAAUAAUCAGUUAAAUAUGAACGAUCAAAAUGCAGUGGGGAAGGAUCUGCUUGGAAAGAAAGAGGAAAAAUUAAGUGAUAAUAAAAUAAAGGAAGAUUCUAUUGAUAGAACAACUUCAAGUGAUACAAGUUCCUCCAAUCUUGAAGACAAAUCAGUAAAUUCCGAAGAGAAGAACAAGAGAAAGUAUACUCAGAUAGUGAUAGUACCCGAGGGGUUGGACGACCGGAAGCUAAAUGACAUGUAUACCCAGAGAAGAAUACUCCAAUACAUGGAAUACUCGAAUGACGAUGUCGAAGAGGCAGACGCGAGUUACAGCGACAAGGAAGAAGAUGAAAAUCAACGGCAAGCUGAAAAAAGUAGUGCAUCAUUGAAAAGAAAAGCCCGAGCCGCCGUGCGCGAUAAAGGGAAAGCGAAAGUGAACGUACUGAUUAAAGAGAAGCUGGACAAGAGAAAGAAAUACAGUCGGGAUUCCACGAGGAAAAGGCGUAAUCCAGUAAGCGUGAUCGAGUAUUACGAUUACGAUAGCGAUAACGAGCAACGGGAACACGAGACUGGUGAACAAGAACGACUUAAAACUAGUUAUGACAAGAACCCUAUCGAAUCCGAUGCGGGACUUGAAAAAGGGCAGAUCAAACACUCUUGCCUAUCGCCGGCUGCGAAGAAAGACGAACAAGAGGAAGAGGUACUGAAGCUGAAGAAACUAAAGAAUAAACCGCCGAAACAGGAAUUCAUCGUACACGACAGUGAAACUGAACCUAAAAACGCAACCGAGAAAACCGGCGAGAAGAAAAGCUUCGAGAGUUUGUCGACGGGAGAAGAAGGUUCCUCUCUUAAGAGGCCCCAGGAACAAUCGGGAAGGUUAAGUCAAUCGAUCGCGGAGAGGGAAGAUAAAUUCUUAAGGGGCGGUUCGAAGGAUCCAGUGACGUAUAUCUUCACCGCGGAAAAGGACUUGGAUCCCGAAAUGAUCGAUGAUAUUUUGGAGGAUAUUCAGUCAAUAGAUAGAAAAAAUGAGAAAACGUCUAACAAUUUCGAACCAUUAUACGAAGAAUUGAAGAAGAUAUACGACUGGAACGAGGACGAAUUGCAAAACAAACCGAGGAUUAAAGGCGAUCACAGAAUGUAUUACGGGGCCAAUGACAAACUAGAUCCAACCAAUAAGAUGUCCGAAUCAUUAGCAGGUCAAAUCGAGAUUCCGGAGACUGAAGGUGUGGCUGAAACGUUUAAUAAAAUCUUAACACUUUAA